UCCCGUCCAACCGCUCUAGGCUGUCUGGAGGGAGAACUCAGUGACCCGCAACGCCGCACGAAGCCAGUAAAACCCGGACCGGGCAUCUCCCGGGCGCUUCUUCGCCUACUCAGAGUCCGGAGGCGGCGGGAGCAGGGCCUCCUUCAGCAGAAGCGCCCCAGAAAGCUGUGUGUUGACAAUGACAACCAAAAACAGUAACAGCAAAACUGUGACCCCUGCUCUUCGAAUAAGUCAGCUUGAUGCCCUUGAACUGAACAAAGCCUUGGAGCAGUUGGUUUGGUCCCAGUUUACGCGAUGUUUUCAUGGAUUUAAACCUGGACUCUUGGCUCGCUUUGAACCAGAGGUUAAAGCAUUUCUAUGGCUUUCUUUGUGGAGAUUCACCAUCUAUUCCAAGAAUGCAACAGUGGGACAGACUAUUUUGAACAUUCAAUACAAGAAUGACUUAUCCCCGAAGCAAAAAUACCACACACUGAGUAAACAGCAGAAAUUAUGGUAUCUUAUUUGCACUGUUGGUGGUAGGUGGCUAGAAGAAAGGUGUUAUGAUUUGUUUAGCAGUCGUCCAUUGGAGUCUUUCCAGAAGACCAAGUAUUUCAUUAAUUUAGCAGUUGGACUCCUCAAACUUGGUGAAUUGCUGAAUUUCCUGGUUUUUCUUCAAAAAGGAAAGUUUGCUACCCUUACUGAGCGUAUUUUAGGGAUCAGGUCUGUGUUCUGUCAGCCACAGAGUGUUCGUCAAAUUGGAUUUGAAUACAUGAACAGAGAACUUUUAUGGCAUGGGUUUGCUGAAUUUCUCAUUUUUCUUUUGCCUCUUAUGAACAUGCAAAAACUCAAACUCAGACUUUCUUCAUGGUUUUCAGCUGUUGUAGGAUGUUCCAAUAAGGGAAGUUCUUUGGCAGCAGGUAGCAAGGAAUGUUCUCUCUGUGGAGAAUGGCCAACUAUGCCUCACACCAUUGGCUGUUCACAUGUUUUUUGUUACUACUGUAUUAAAAGUAACUACUUACUUGAUAUGUAUUUUACCUGCCCCAAAUGUGGCCUAGAAGUGCAUGAUCUGCAGCCAUUAAAAUGCAAAAUAGAAAUGAAAGAUGUGUACACACAGUAGCCUUUGUGAGGCUUCCUCCAAACCCCCAUUAUGAAAUCGACAGAACUCCUGUACAGUGAUACUUUAAAUGGAUUGUUUUAGUAAAGUUCACUAUGCCACAAACUGGUAAGCUGCUUUGCGUUACUCCAUCUAGUGCUUCACCUACAUGGUGGUAUUACGAGAAUGCUGUAACCUGAUUUGAAAAUUCUCCGGACCCAGUUCACAAACCUCACUGUGAUGACAUGAUCCUCCAGAACCAUUGUGCCAGUUUGACUUGGGAUGUUUCACAUCCACUUGCAUAGGAUAUUUAACACAACAUUACCUUGUACUAUACAAGUACACAAUAUGAACUGCAGCGUAUCAGUAAGGAAAGGGCCUUUGAGAACCAGCACAAAGGAACCUGCAUGGCGCUACAGAAAUCCCAACUCUGACAAAACCUGCAUCCUGAUCCCAAAACAUCCUGAUCUCCCUAUAGCUGGCAUGUGCUUUGCCAGUAGCCACGUGACCACAUUGUCCUGUCCUGCCCAUGAUAAGACAUGGAUAGAAAGUGAGUGAGGCAGAGAUUCUAAAUUUGACCCACCCCCUUCACUACAAUGAAGUUUGUGGAUUGUACCCUUAAUUCCUAAACUCCCAGCUAAAGAAAACAGUAAGCUCUACAAUAAAACAAUCUUGCAAUGUAAUUCUGUAAGGAAUCACUCCAGUCUAAGCUGGUUGACUGAUGUAACUAUAUAUAAAAUUGUAUUCUUCUUCACACAGUACUGUCAUAUUUCAGAUUAAAUUGACUGGGUUUCCUAGAGGUUACACCAAAUCUAGUCCAAAAUUAUGUAGCCUGAUUGUGAGUAAGUGUUGGAUAUGCUGCUUCCAAAAGCUAGAGUGUUAUGAGUAAUGCAAAAUUUUGGUCAAAAUCAGACAAAUAUUAUACAAAUAUUUUCUUAGAUCCAGGUUUUCAAGGAAGAGGAAGUUAAAUUUUCUCUAUUGACUUCCUCAUGCUCCCAACAGUCUUAUUGAUUCACAGUUCUGUCCUUGUAGUUCUGUGUUAGUGACAAACAUUGAAGAUUGUCAUAAAUGACAAUACUGAUAGCAAGGAACUCCCUGUUCAGCAGUUGCUUUCCUCAAAAGUAACAUUAUAAAGAAGAUAAAACUGUAGUCUUGACUUUCUUCCUGUUAAAUUGGAUUUAAGUUGGAUCUUAAUUCCUAUUGUGUACAGUAUUCCAAUAGCUGACAAUGGUAACCUAAGAACUUCUAGACUUGAUGAGCUAAACAAAAGGUGACUGAAUAAAAAAAAAAACUUUUCAUGUGAAAUCUUGCUGUAAAGUUUAUUUUUCAUCUAAAAACUCUGUACAACAAAGAAUUGAAAACAAUGGUCUUUAAAUUUUGAUCACCCUUGGACAUAUUGGCCCACGUUAGUAUUUUGUAAGCACCGGCCUGUAUCCUAUUACUCUGCCCAUCGACGUCUGAAGCAAUC